CUAUGCUCUUUCUGUAUAUUACACCUCCUGGUGUCUGCUAAUGCAUUGGUUUGGCCAACAGAAAAAUGUUCUUUAAAGCAGUCUUUCACGCUUGGAAACAGGUACAGAUUUGAUCUUAUCGUACUAACUUUGGGAGGGAAGCCUGUUGGAACUUGGAAACUACUCCUAAAACCCAUUAAAGAGAGAGAAAGUACAGAACAGAGAGAGAGAGAGAGAGAGAGAGAGAGAGAGAGAGAGAGAGAGAGAGAGAGAGAAAACUUUUUGAAAGAGAGGAAAUACAGUUGCUGGGCGUGGGAGGUAAGAGCUAGAGAGGGAAAAUCUAGAGAGAGAGAGAGGGAGGAUGUUUGCAGCUGAGAAUGGACUCAAGGGAGACCCAAGGCUUCAAGCCAUUUCUGAAGCCAUAAGCGUCAUCCCUCACUUCCCAAAACCAGGGAUAAUGUUUCAAGAUAUAACAACUUUGCUACUAAAUCACAAGGCAUUCAAGGACACUGUGGACAUCUUUGUGGAGAGGUACAGAGACAUGGGGAUCUCUGUUGUCGCUGGAAUUGAAGCUAGAGGAUUCAUGUUUGGUCCAUCUGUCGCCUUAGCCAUUGGUGCAAAGUUUGUUCCAUUACGUAAACCUGGAAAGCUGCCUGCUAAAGUAGUAUCACAAGCUUAUGAGCUAGAGUAUGGUACUGAUUGUCUCGAGAUGCAUAUUGAUGCUAUUCAGCAUGGGGAACGGGCAGUGGUAAUUGAUGAUUUAGUUGCUACAGGAGGGACCCUCUCCGCAGCAAUGAAACUUUUAGAAUGUAGGGGGGCCGAAGUUGUUGAAUGUGCUUGUGUUAUUGGGUUGCCUGAUGUCAAGCGGCAGCCAAGACUUAAUGGAAAGCCACUUUAUAUUCUUGUGGAGCCACGGGAAAUGGAACAUAGCUGCUCAGAUCUGCGGGUGUGCUUGGGGUGAAUUCGGACUGGAAGAGAUGAUGCUUGGGCAGCCAUUCGAACACAAGCUACAGUUUUGAAUAGCUGGUGUUUUGCCUUUGUAACCUCCCUCUUUUCUUUCGUUUUGGUUUUUAUUUCCUCCUUUGUCUUCCUAAUGUACCCUUCUAGGUGCAGCUAAUUCAAUUUGAGUUGAAUUAAUUGGACAAUUUGAGAAAAGCAUUGUUGAAUUCAUGUUUUGUAAGCUACUCAGUUGAGCAUUAUUCAGAGGCUUACGGCUAGCUUUCCUGUUAUAGUUUUGAAUAGCUGGUGUUUUG